UCGACCAUGGCUGCCACCGGGGGCGACCAAUUGCUCAGGCAGGCCACGAGCCGGAAUACUCGGGGCUUGCUGAGGGUGAUUAUCCUGGCGCUGAUUGCGGCGGCCGCCGUGUCGAGUCGGUUGUUCUCCGUGAUUAGGUUUGAGAGUAUUAUCCAUGAGUUCGAUCCAUGGUUCAACUUCCGCGCUACAAAGUACCUCGUGAACAAUGGGUUUUACAGCUUCUGGGACUGGUUCGAUGACCGGACAUGGCACCCCCUCGGACGUGUUACGGGCGGUACACUCUAUCCGGGCCUCAUGGUCACCAGCGGCGUCAUCUACCACCUCCUCCGCUUCCUGACUCUCCCCGUCGAUAUCCGUAAUAUAUGCGUGCUUCUUGCCCCUGGAUUCUCCGGUCUCACCGCGCUCGCGACGUACCUCCUUACCGCUGAGAUGGUCACCUCCCCGUCCGCCGGUCUGCUCGCUGCGGCCUUCAUGGGUAUUGCACCUGGGUACAUCUCGCGCUCCGUAGCUGGUAGCUACGACAACGAAGCCAUUGCCAUUUUCUUGCUGGUCUUCACCUUCUUCCUCUGGAUCAAGGCUGUCAAGAACGGCUCGGUGUUUUGGGGUGCACUGACGGCUCUGUUCUACGGAUACAUGGUGUCUGCUUGGGGUGGAUACGUCUUCAUCACAAAUUUGCUGCCCCUGCAUGCGUUCGUCCUGAUUUGCAUGGGGAGGUACAGCCCUAGGCUGUAUGUCAGCUAUACUUCAUGGUAUGCAUUGGGUACGCUGGCGAGUAUGCAGAUUCCCUUUGUGGGAUUCUUGCCAAUCAGGAGUAGCGAGCACAUGUCGGCACUGGGUGUCUUCGGUCUCCUUCAGCUCGUCGCAUUUACCGAUUAUGUGCGGACCCAGCUCCCAAGCAAGCAGUUCCAGACGCUGCUCCGCGCCCUUGUCCUCAUCAUCUUCGUCGUCGCUCUCGGAGGGUUGGUUCUUCUCACCGUCACCGGCGUCAUUGCCCCCUGGACUGGACGUUUCUACUCACUUUGGGAUACCGGCUAUGCCAAGAUUCAUAUCCCCAUCAUUGCGUCCGUUUCCGAGCAUCAACCUACCGCAUGGCCGGCCUUCUUCUUCGAUCUGAACAUGCUGAUCUGGCUCUUCCCGGCUGGCGUCUACAUGUGCUUCAAGAAGUUGACGGAUGAGCAAGUGUUCGUUGUCAUCUAUGCUGUCCUCGCCAGCUACUUCGCCGGCGUCAUGGUGCGUCUCAUGCUCACGUUGACCCCUAUCGUCUGUGUGGCGUCAGCAAUGGCCUUCUCCCAGAUCCUGGAUACCUAUCUGGACGCUAGGUCCCCUAAGGUUGCGGCUAAGGAGGAGGGAAAAUCGGACUCUGCAAAACUUGCAGCGGCGGCGGUUCUUCCGGAGGGAUUGCGGUCUACGCGCAGCCCAGUCGUCGGUGUCUACGCGUACAUUUCGAAGUUGACGGUUGUGGGUGCAUCCUUGGUGUACCUGUUGCUGUUUGUGCUUCACUGCACAUGGGUCACGUCCAACGCCUACUCAUCCCCCUCCGUCGUCCUUGCGUCCAGGCUCCCGGAUGGUAGCCAGCACAUCAUCGAUGACUACCGCGAGGCGUACUACUGGCUCAGGCAAAACACGCCCGAUGAUGCCAAGAUCAUGUCUUGGUGGGACUAUGGCUACCAGAUUGGUGGCAUGGCCGACCGUCCCACACUCGUGGACAACAACACGUGGAACAACACGCACAUUGCCACGGUUGGAAAGGCCAUGAGCUCAAAGGAGGAGGUCAGCUAUCCUAUUAUGCGUCAACACGAGGUCGACUAUGUCUUGGUCGUGUUUGGUGGUCUUCUCGGCUACUCCGGUGACGACAUCAACAAGUUCCUCUGGAUGGUCCGUAUCGCGGAGGGCAUCUGGCCUGACGAGGUCAAGGAGCGCGACUUCUUUACUGCGCGGGGCGAGUACCGCGUUGAUGACGAGGCGACCAAGACGAUGAAGGACAGCUUGAUGUACAAGAUGUCCUACUACAACUACAACUCGCUCUUCCCCGCGGGCCAGGCCCAAGACCGAGUUCGUGGUGCGCGACUCCCCGCCCAGGGACCGGAGCUCAGCACCAUUGAGGAGGCCUUCACCAGCGAGAACUGGAUCAUCCGGAUCUAUAAGGUCAAGGACCUGGAUAACUUUGGGAGAGAUCAUCAGAGCGCGACGGCGUUUGAGAAGGGGCAUAAGAAGAAGCGGGCGGCGAGAAGGAAGGGCCCGAGGGUGCUAAGGGUGGAGUAGGGAUUGUUUGCGGCAUUAGCGAGUGCUUUGAACAUGGCCUAAUAAGGGUCUUCUGGUCUGUAACAUCAGGGAUGUGCGGCGUUUGGGAGGGACAACCUGGACAUAAGACAAGGGGAAGCAAAAUAUAUACAGAUUUACUUAAACCCA